CAUGGUGGUGCAGUGGUUAGCACUGUCGCCUCACACCUCUGGGACCCGGGUUCGAGUCUCCGCCUGGGUCACAUGUGUGCGGAGUUUGCAUGUUCUCCCCGUGUCGUCGUGGGGUUUCCUCCGGGUACUCCGGUUUCCCCCCACAGUCCAAAAACAUGCUGAGGCUAAUUGGAGUUGCUGAAUUGCCCGUAGGUGUGCAUGUGUGAGUGCAUGGUGUGUGAGUGUGCCCUGCGAUGGGCUGGCCCCCCAUCCUGGGUUGUUCCCUGCCUCGUGCCCAUUGAUUCCGGGAUAGGCUCCGGACCCCCCGCGACCCAAUAGGAUAAGCGGUUUGGAAAAUGGAUGGAUGGAUGGAUGUUUCAGGGGAGCUGAAAUAGAAUCCAUGCAAAACCAUCCGUCCGCUUGUGUGCAAAACAAACUCUGAAACUUCUAAGUUGUGUAAUGGUUGUACAUUCAUUCUGUUGCAAAGACAAGAAUUCGUCACCCAAAAAGGCAGCCGACGCUGUGAAUUCUGGGCAGACUAGGUGACCAAAUACCAAGACAUCACCCUGCUGGGCACAACUGUGUCGUAUGAUUGGAAUUUAGAUGAAUAGAAUUUUGUCUUUGUCUUUGUGGCAUUUAAGAUCUCUGCAGAGUAGAGAACAUGUCAAACCUUCACUUUGCUCAACAUAAAUAUCAAAGGGUGCAGUGGCAGCUUUCUUAGGAGACGGUAAAUCAGUUUAGCUUUCGAUGGUGCAUGAACGUGAAGGAUAAAGCAGAGGUUGGCUGAUUUUCAGUGGCGUACAGUGUCUGCUUGGGAGCACUUGAGUGCACUGAAGCUGUCAUAUCCUAACUCUGGCGGCUCGAUCUGCUGGCACGAAAAGUGUCAAAAACAUCCUUGGGUCCAAGGCAUUCUGGAGGACACCAACAAAAGCCUUUGGCUCCUUUUCCUGUUAUUGUUUGAAAGUUGUAAGCGUUUGCUGUAGGCCAGUGUUUCCUAGUCGGGUCCUUGGGGAUCCACAGAUGGUCCGCGUUUUUGCUUCCUCCCAGGCAUUCCAAAUGUGUACUGUCCCCAAGGACGGGAUUGGGAAACACUGCUGUAGGCUGACGGUCAACAGGAAGGCAGUCUUUUAUACUGCUACCCAUAAAGUUAACAAAGUAUUUUUGGAAAAACAAAAAGUACGCUAUUCAGAAUAAACAUCAAUGGGCAAUCCUUUGUUCUGAACAAGUCUUGCCAAAAGCGCAUAACAGCCUGAUACAGUGAACUCUGGCAAUGUUACAACGCUUCUGCUGACUUUGCUGACAGGAUACAGAGAACAAUUCAGAAGACAAUUUGAAAUGGUGCAGAUAAAAGCCUCCAAACUGGAUUGUCUGAACUGUUUUAAUUUAAAUUGGUUUUCUGUUUGAACCGGCUCAAAAUAUUGCCUUACCUCUCCCUUGUAUUCAUGGGUGUAAAGGGACUUCAUUCUCAGCCACAAGGAAAGCCAUGACGUUUAGUGUGUCUGUGGCGUGCAUUCGGGGUUUGAAUAGAUGGAGCCAACCGGAUCAGACCUUGAUGCAGCCCAGCUCCGCCUCCUUGUGUCCAAAUCGGACCUUGCUGGAGUGCAGCUCUGCCUCCUUACGUCCAAAUCACACCUUGCUGGAGCCCAGCUCCGCCUCCUUAUCGCCAAAUCACACCUUGCUGGAGCCCAGCUCCGCCUCCUUAUCGCCAAAGCACACUUUGCUGGAGCCCAGCUCCGCCUCCUUAUCGCCAAAUCACACCUUGCUGGAGCCCAGCUCCGCCUCCUUAUGUCCAAAUCACACCUUGCUGGAGCCCAGCUCCGCCUCCUUAUCGCCAAAUCACACCUUUCUGGAGCCCAGCUCCGCCUCCUUAUCGCCAAAGCACACUUUGCUGGAGCCCAGCUCCGCCUCCUUACGUCCAAAUCACAUCUUGCUGGAGCCCAGCUCCGCCUCCUUAUGUCCAAGUCACACCUGCUGGAGCGAGGAAGGUAUGGGACAUUUAAGAAUUACAAAGACUGGUCUGGAACUUAAUGGGGACUCAGAAUUCCUUCGACCCCUCUAUGCCAAAGAAAUCCAGUCAAGACCAGGCAGUCCGCUGUUCCUCCAAUCUUCCAAAAAUGUAUCUAUCAACAUCCUAGAUGGGAAAAAUAGGGCAGUCACACAGCUGGUAGCAGGAUCCAGUGGAAUCCACGCCUGUUGCAAGCUGCUUGAGGUGAAAUCGAACACUGGGAAGCUGCUGUUUUCUGCAGAUGCCCAUGAAGUCGUGGUUGGAGCUGAGAAGCUGCGAGUCCCCGGUGCUGAGGGCGCUGUGUUCAGCAACUCUGUAGAAACGCCUCACGUCAGGUCCGAGCCCUUUAAGGAGCUUAGACUGGAGUCUCCAACCAGAUCACUGUACAUGGAGGCACCAAAAGGUGUCCAGAUAAUGGCAGAAGCAGGAGACAUCAGGGCUACCUGCAGAAGCGAAAUGCGUCUGGAGUCAAAGGAUGGAGAGCCCCCACAGAGCAAGCAAGGGUGACAGUGGCAAGGAAAACAUCCCUAGAAGGAAGAAGCCUUAGGAGGAACCAGACCCAAAGAAAGAGCCCUUCCUCCAGGGGGCAGCAGAGGAAGCCCUAACCCUAACCAGACCCAAAGGGGAGCCCAUCCUCCAGGGGGCAGCAGAGGAAGCCAUAACCCUAACCAGACCCAAAGGGGAGCCCAUCCUCCAGGGGGCAGCAGAGGAAGCCCUAACCCUAACCAGACCCAAAGGGGAGCCCAUCCUCCAGGGGGCAGCAGAGGAAGCCCUAACCCUAACCAGACCCAAAGGGGGAGCCCAUCCUCCAGGGGGCAGCAGAGGAAGCCAUAACCCUAACCAGACCCAAAGGGGGAGCCCGUCCUCCCGGGGGCAGUAGAGGAAGCCCUAACCCUAACCAGACCCAAAGGGGGAGCCCGUCCUCCCGGGGGCAGUAGAGGAUGUCAAAUGAACAAGAUGGCAAAGGCCUAAACUGCUAAAGAUGAACAUUCCAUCCUACCUGUCACACAUACACCCCUCUGUAUUGAGCAGCUCUAUUAUAGACGUUGAACACCUCACAUUAUUGAAAAAUAUCAGCAAACUAGUUCUCAGAAAAAAAUGAGUUCUUCAAUAGCAGCUGUAUCAGUUACUUCACUGCAUUUAAUGCUGUACGGUCCCAUUCAUUUUUACGCCUCUUUUAACCCUGUUUUCUUGGUUAUAGCAAAUAGCAAGCAGACCUACAAAUUGCUUUUUGCUUGUUUCUCAAAUACUGGUUUCCAUAUUCACAUCUGGCAGGACCAUGGAAGUUGUCAUAUUUAGAGUCGAACAGCUUUUAUGCAGCAUUAAGCUGUUUUCUACAUACUGGAAGGUUGUUGGCUCCGACAGAAAUCUGCGAUUCUCGACUCCGCCGGGUCAGCGCUGUUUCUCAGCCCAGGAGGGAACUGUCAGGUCGGCUCAGACGAGACUUGACUCACACGCUCACUGGCAUAUCCACUGGCCCCAUCUCAGCCCCCACUGCGUGAGAAGAGGCCCACGGCCACAUCUCACAUACCCUUUGCUCAUAAACUCCUCCUUUCUUCUCCGGCUCUCCUAGGGCUCGCUUUUCUCCUGACCCAGGCUACACAAGUCACUGCAUAACGCUUUUAUGUGAGAAACAUUGUCUAAUAAAAAUUCAGGUGGUGUACAUCUUCAUGUUUCUUCUUACUGGAAUAUUCUCAGUGUGACUUGUACAGUACAUUGAAUCAUCAUGAAGAUAUGGAAAGUCAGGAGAAUCUUGCCUUUUUGGAACACUAACCCCCAUUUUAAACUGCUGGGCAGUUAUCAAUCAUUUAAUCUGGCUGUUUAUUGAUCCUUUGACAUUUCAUUCAGAAAUAACAUAAUUUUUUUACAUCUGGCCAUAUAUUCUUUUAUUGUUCUGCACUAUGGAAAUGCCUGUCACUGGCUUUGAGAUUUAAGGAAGGGUCCACAAGAUAACCAGCUAGUCAUUCUGUAGCAGCAUCUCCUGCAUGGUCCUGUGUGAUUAACAUCUCCAAACAAAUUUCAUAUUCACCAUGUGUAUCUUCCGCUAGGUUUGUAUGACUGAUUUGUUGUAUUUUUUAUUUUUUUUGCAUGCUUGCUAUAGGAAUGUAGUGAGGUGGCUUCUUUAGACAGAUCUUGGUACUGUGCUUUAAACUGUAAUCGAUGAGUCUUAUGUCUGCACAGCAAAUACCUUGUUUUGAUCAUUUCUGGCUCUUCCGAAAUUGCUAUCUGUACUGGAUUCCUAGCUUGUAAUGUUACUGCAGUUCCUGGCCUGGAUCUGUACACAUAAGAGCACUAGUGUAACACCUUGGGGCUUCAUAAUCUAAUGGCUCUAAC